AUGGGCUGGUAUCUCUCCUUCAGCUCCUUGAAAUCUUCCCUGAUCUUUCUCUCCCAGAUCGUUACCGUCGUGCGGGCAGCAGGCCCAGCCGCUGUUCCCCUCGGCAGUGCGGGAACAUUCGUUGUUCUUGCCAAGUCGGGGGUCUCCACCGUACCCCAGUCAAUCAUCGAUGGUAACGUCGGCGUGAGCCCCGCGGCAUCCAGCUCCCUUACCGGAUUCUCUCUCAUCAGGACCGGUACAUUCGCAGCCUCACUCCAAGUCGUUGGAGAAAUUUUUGCCGCAGACUUCACAUCGCCGACCCCAAGCCAGCUGACCACCGCCGUCUUAAAUAUGCAGACAGCCUUCGCCGACGCCGCGAAUCGUGUUAAUCCAAACUUCCUCAAUCUAGGCAGCGGCAAAUUCGCUCCUUGGACUCUUCUGCACACAGGUAACAUCGGUGGAUUGACGCUCACCCCUGGCCUUUACAAGUGGACCAACUCCGUCUCCAUCCCAUCCACGCUGACCAUAUCUGGCACUUCGUCCGAUACAUGGAUUUUCCAGGUAGCAGGAGGCCUCUCCUCUGCUGCAGGUGUCAGAAUCAACCUUGCUGGCGGCGCUAGUGCGAGCAACAUCGUUUGGGUUGUUUCCGGUUCCGUGACGCUCGGUAGCACUUCUCACUUCGAGGGCAUCUUGCUCGGCGCGACGUCUGCAACACUCGAGACGGGAGCGACGAUGAACGGCCGUGUGUUGGUGCAGACUGCGGCGGCACUGCAAAAGGCGACCCUCAUUCAGCCUUAG